GUUUUUUUUUUUCAUGUCAUUGUAAUUUUAGAGUAAAUAGUAUGGCCGAUUCUUCCAAUGUUGAUCCAAGUAGUGGAAUUCCAAAUAGUGGAAGCACUCCAGGUGAAAAUGGUGGAGGCUUCUGCUCUGGAAAAGAAUCAAAUAGAGUAAUGAAACGUCAACGAGAUGAGGAGGAUGAUGUAAGGGAUAGUCCUGAUGAUUCCGAGCCUGAAGAGAAACGCGGCAGUUUUCGAUUAAAUCCUCCAACCUUGAUUCAUGGACAAGCAAAACCUGCACCGAAAGAAGAGGGGCCACAAGAAGCUAGUCAGAAAAGAAAUUUUCUUCGGCCCUCUAUUCUUAGUGCACCAGCUGCUCCGUCUCAAUCUGUGUCUGCACAAUCUUCUGCAGCAUCGGAACCUGUCAAUGGCAAAUCAAUACCAUCUAUAUCUCAAGUACCUAUAUUGGGCACUGGGCUUCUUUUACCUGGUCAAGUUCCAUCAAAUAAUCCAUUUUUGAGAACUAAUGAGGAAGAACAGGAGAAGGAAUCGAAGGAAAAUUUCCUUUUCCAAAGUACCCUUGAACAAAGAAAUAAAGAAAAUGGAGCCAGUGCUGACGUAACUGGAAGUGAUCCGUAUUCGAAGGCAAAUGGUGCAAAAGAAAACACUUUUCUUCAAAUGAGCAACCAAGAACCUGCAUCGUCAACAACUAGUGAUGAUAAAACAAAAUCAACUGGGUUUGUCUUCGGUAGUAAAAUGGAAGAGAGAGUUGUGAAAAAUGAAGCAGAUUCUACUUCUGGGACUACAACUACACAACUUAUUCAUACAAAAACAACUGAAGGAUCUGAUUUUUUAUUUGGAAAAAAUUUGUCCGGUCGAGCCAAGGUAACAUCAGCAGACUCUACAAAUAGCACUUUAGCUACCACCCAUGUUGAAUCUGUCAUUUUUCAUGAUUCCACACAUCCCACGGUUGACGGAGUGUCGUCAAGUAGUCGAAAACUGGAAGAAGAUGCUGCUGCGUUAUUUGCAGCAUCGAAUACGAAACCCGUUAUGCCAGAAGUUGAGAUUAAAACUGGGGAAGAAGAUGAAAAAAAUGUCUUGCAGAUCUUGUGCAAGUUGUUUCAGUAUGAUUCGAGUAAUUCGAAAACCUGGGUUGAAAGAGGUCGUGGACAUCUAAGAUUGAAUGAUAAGCGUGUAUCUUCUGUUGAUCACACAUUCGAGUCAAGAUUGGUGAUGAGAACUCAUGGAAGUCUUCGAUUAAUACUGAACACAAAGAUUUGGCCAACGAUGGUUGUUGAUAGAGCGAGUCAAAAAUCUGUUCGAAUAUCAGCACAAAAUGAAGAUGGUGAUAUUGGAAUGUAUCUUCUACAAGCGACCAUAAAUGAUGCGGAGCAAAUAUACCGUGCUGUUGAAUACAGAGUCUUGCAUCUCAAACAAUUACAAGAACGUGAGGAAGCUAUCAAAAAAGCAACUAAAUCAGCUUCGGAUAAAGGUGAACAAGAAGUUUCAUCAACUGAAAGUGACCAAACCAAAAUUAAGGGAUUUAAAGAAUCUUCUGAUCUACCAGAGCCACCAGUGUCAUCCUCUGAUGCUCUUCCAGAAUCUGAUAAUAUCACCACGGAAAGCAGCAAAUCUGAUGAAAGUGGAGAGAUUGCGUCUUCUGCUGACACAGGAUGUGGGGCUGGUGAUAAUACUACAACUGCCACUGAACAAGAAAGGACCAUAAACACAGAUGAAUCGACUUGUACAGACAAUCCCUCAAAACAUGAAUCAGAAAGUACAGCCCAAGUGGAUCCCACAGAGCAGAAAGCUGAUACAAGGGAUUAACAACAUUGGGUUGAGCAUCUGUUGGAACCUAAAAUAUCCUUGGGGAAGCGAUAUUUUAUUGAUUCCAUUGCCUAUGGCAAAAUUGGAUCUCGUUGGAUGCAGCUACACAUUUCCACCUAUCACACUAUAUGUUCCUUCCCACAGAUCCUUGUUAGGUCGCCAAAACCGGUCUUCAGUGUUAUAAAACUUCAUAGAAAAGGCAAUUAUUCGUAACAAAUAUAUUGCCAAAGACAUAAAGUGUUUCAUUAAAAGAAAGGAUAACUGCCCAAGUUGGCAAGGGUAAUGAGCAACUGAUAUGCUGAUUGCGAGAAUGUGAAAAUGCUUAUUGCACACGAGCAGUUGAAAUAUUAAGCUUUUUUCUAUCAGAAUUUGAAAGGAGAAUAUGGGAUAUGAAGAAAUCCAUUAGUGCUCAUUCCUCACACAGUAAAUGCUAAAUUUUACAUUGUUCUCUAGCAUAAAGUAGAGCCAAUACUUCCAACCUAUAUUGACAACCAUUUCAUGUCACCAUUUUCAAUUAUCUUGUUUUGUUUGAAACACCACACAGAUUCUUGCCACUGUAUUAUUACUGAAUGUCAGGCCAAAUUGUUGCAAAUACAACAGACAAGGGGUUAUCGAUUUCAACUUUCAGCGGGUGUUGAAAUUGCACGGUUUUACCACGAAACAUGUUGCAACUUCACGGCACGGUAGACCUUUUUCAGUAUAAAAUUUUUUGUUGGGUCUAAAUCAAUGCUGAUUCUUACUAUGAAAUAUAAAUAGUGGAAUCGAAUAUUUUGUGUACAAAAGAACAAACAUUCGGGUUAUAUGUCCACCAAUCGUUAAGUCUGACAGUUUCUAUGGGUCAACUGCCUAAAUGGAAUCUUAACUGACAGUGUUUUAUGCUGAGAUAAAAAUGUUUCAUUAUAGUUUUUAAGAGAGGCUCGUUUCGGAACUAUAAAGAUCGACUUUUUUGAGCCGACAUUGUGUAAAGUUAUGGCACUGAAGUAUUGUAUAUUUACUUUAGUAUAGUAUUUUGGCAUUUGUAACGUCCCUUUUUAUUUGAUUGUCAAUUGCUGUAAGUUUAUGGUUAUAGUUGAAAAAACGAAUUUGUCGUGGCUGAAUUUGUCAAAUAUCCAGCGAUACAAUUUUCAUUUUUCCUGUGAAAUAUGUUAUUAUAAUUUUAUUUUAGUUUUGCUGUCUAAAUUUGUUGCAGAAAAUUUGAAAUGACUUAUGUUAUUAAGGGUAUUUUAAUAAGUAAUUAUUUAAAUAGCAAAUAUGAAAAGUUUCUUUUUUUCUCAAGGUUCGUGGCAUCGUUCUUUUUGCUUAUUUCUUUAAUUUUUACUUAAUGACCUUCUUUAUCACACCUUGUUUCAGUACAACACUGAAAAUUUUUGCUCAACUGAUAUAAUCAGGCUUAUAAUAGUUGUUCCAUUGGUAAGUGAUGAUGCUUAGUGUCUACUACUUGCUAUCAGUAUAUUACUCUGUUAAAAUAGUUUUUUUGUACCGCCUAUCUGUUGUAUUUAUUUGUUUUACAUUUGUUCCACCUUUUUCUAUGCUUUUGGAAUUGGAUGAUCAGAACAUUGUUAAUAUUUCAGAAUACGGAUUACAGGCAAAACAUUAAAAAAUGCAUUCGAUUUUGUGUAUUUGUGCGUCAAUCUAACAACACAAUUUGAUUUGUAUUUUCAUCUGAAAGUGCACUCAACUACAUUCGGACCUUUCUCAAGUGUUGCAUGCAUAUUACUGCCCAGUGACAACACUAUCUUCAAUCAGACUGAAAUGGUUGACAUUGAUAAACUGUAUAAAAACUUAGUGAUCAUCUGGAUUUUUGUAAUCAUUCGGUCUAGUAUGUGCAUUUCCUGAUUUUGGUGGUAAUUUCACAAAUGGGUUAACUAAUGUUUUUUUCAUAUUGCUGUGUCAAAGUCUGCACUGAUACACUUUUCAAAACUAAAUAAAGAAUUCAAUAAAAAGUACGACAAAGGACGGUAUGCAA